AUGCAUCUUACAAGCUUUGUUACCGCGCUCAUGCUGUCACUCAGUGUGUCUGCAGCCCCUACCGAGCUCACCAAAGGAGAAAUAGUUACUAGGUCCGGCACAAACGGCUCGAUUUACAGCUUUGAAUCGGCAUCCAACUGCCACGGAAUCCUCAGGAAGUACGGUUCAUGCGGCAUAAGCACCUACCACCCAGAAAUUGGUGAACAGAAUUCUUUCGUUGCCAUGCCCUAUAAUGAGUUUGAUAAAUACGGUCAAGCCCAGAAUAAUAAACUUUGCGGCAAGACAAUCGUCAUGAAGCACAAUGGUGUCACCAAAACUGCCACUGUUGCGGAUCGAAACGUCAGCGACGACCACUCCAUCGACAUGUGUCUCGAUUUGUGGGAGGCUUUCGGAGGCCACAAUGGCGAUGGUACUGUUAUCAGGAACUUCUCUUGGUCUAUCCAGCUCUAG